CCCCUAAGUCUGUGGAACAUUUGCGCAGACGCAGUAUCAUCGUCGAGCACGAUGCAACCGAGUUGGUCGUGCGCGAGAAAGAGACAGAAAGAUGGCUGGCAACUAUGAGGAUGUUCGAAAGGGGGUGUAAACUACUUGACGCUGCGUCGGUAUUCUUUCACACGGAGCGGUGUUGUUAACGUGAUGUGACCUUUCGAAUUGUCAACGAAAGACUCGGUUGUUCGUCGAACAAAAAACAUCCUGAGAGCAACGGAAAUGAUCGUCCCGCGCGUCAGUACAGACAACAACGUCCAGAGUAUAACCUGGUCUUGAGAGAUAUCGGUAACACUGAAUCGCGGUAGUUCAGUGACGAUAAAUAAGCAGCGUGAUCAACAGUCAGCAGAAAGCGGAAAAAUGUCGUGUUCGAGCGAGCUGUCUCGAUCGCAGGAAUACCUCAGCUUCCGCAGCUCCGUCCCGCUGAGGAAAAUCGUCGUCGAUUCCGACGGCACCAAGGGUUGGAAGGUGUACGACUCCAGCCCGAAGACAAUAAAAUGUCCGUUGGUAUGUCUUCCACCGGUCAGCGGAACCGCGGACGUAUUUUUUAAACAAAUAUUGGGUUUGGCGGCCAGAGGAUAUCGCAUCAUAUCGGCAGAGCCACCGGUUUACUGGAACGUGAAGGAAUGGUGCGACGGUUUCAGAAAGCUUUUAGACUACAUGGAAUUGGACAAGGUGCACCUGUUCGGCGCUUCGUUAGGUGGUUUUCUCGCACAGAAGUUCACCGAGUUUAAUGCUCAUUGUCCUAGAGUAGCCUCGUUGAUACUUUGUAACACAUUUACCGAUACGACGGUGUUCAAUUACAACGAUUCCGCGGCGGUGUUCUGGAUCUUGCCGUCGUUGGUGCUGAAGAAAAUGCUGAUGGGGAACUUUGUGACAGACAGGGUUGACGGCGAAAUGGUGGAGGCCAUAGACUUCAUGGUGGAAAGGUUGGAGAGUUUAACGCAGUCCGAGCUGGCAUCUCGGCUGACGAUGAAUUGCACAAACUGCUACGUGCAACCGCAGAAGGUAUGCAAUCUGCCUAUCACGAUCAUAGACGUUUUCGACGAGUACGCGUUGUCGAACUCCGUGAGGGAAGAGGUGUACAAGUGCUAUCCGAACGCGAAACUGGCGCACCUGAAGAGCGGCGGGAAUUUUCCGUAUUUGAGUCGCUCGGCGGAAGUCAAUUUGCAUUUACAGAUCCAUCUGAGACAGUUCGAGGGCACGGAAUACGCCGCCUCCGAAAAGAAGAAAAUAUAGCAGAGCAACUCUGUGGAGCAAGAGUGUCUCCAUUCCUGCACGGUGAACCUGACUUUUCUCUGGUCGUCGACGGUCGUUGUUAGACAAUGAUUGCGAUAGCAGUCCGGAAUCGGUUCCGGCAAUAUAACCAUCGUCGCCCGUACGAUACUUACCCGAAGUAUUCCAUGUAUAAAGCAAUUAACCUCGCGAGACGCGCGUUCCAUUUUUACCGCGACGUUCGAUCAAAUUUCGUACGGUCAUAUUUUUGUAAGGGAACGUUUGUCAAAGGCGCUUUCAUUCGAAGAUCAAUCCUGAACACCACGGUGAAUCAACGGCGUUGGUGACCACCGUAGCAGUCUCGGACGAAUGUGUUCACUCGAGGUAGAAAAUUAGGGUCGGACCAUACGUCCGCGCAAUUCGAUUGCGAACCGCGCGUAUGCGAAUAACAUUGGCGGCACCUAGUACGUAUUCGAUCAAUGUCAACGGUACAUCUGUUUUCUUAAACCGACUUGUAUAUACCGAAUCGAAAUAAACAUUUGUAAGAAAUGA